AUGCAAAAUUCUUCUUCGACUUCACGGGUAAUUGCUUUGGUUGACAUGGAUUGUUUUUAUUGUCAAGUUGAAGCCAGAUUAAAUCCCGAAUUGAAAGGAAAACCUUUGGCUGUUGUACAAUACAAUCAGUGGAAAGGAGGCGGAAUAAUUGCUGUCAAUUAUGAAGCGCGAGAAUAUGGUGUCACUCGUUCUAUGAGAGGAGAUGAAGCCAAAGAAAAAUGUCCAGAUAUUGUUUUAGUCUCUGUUCCAACGAUACGUGGGAAAGCAGAUUUAUCAAAUUACAGAGAAGCAAGCGAUGAAGUGGCUGCAGUUUUUUCAGAAUUUUGCGAAUGCGUACAAAGAGCAAGUAUAGAUGAAGCUUAUUUAGAUUUGUCAAAAGCUGUCGAUGAUUAUAUCGCUGAACACAAAGAAAAUAUUGAUGUAAGGGAUUUACCAUCAACUUAUAUAUUAGGCCAUUGUGAUCUUAAAAAUAAAGAUGAAGAAAAAAGAUUAGAGGGCUUAGCAGAAUGGAUAAGAAUUACCGAAAAUGAAAAAAUGGUUGAAAAUGCUGAUUAUAAAUUAGCUAUCGGAGGGAUUAUUAUGGAAAAAAUGAGAUCAAAAAUUUUAGAAAAAACCAGUUUUCACUGUUCAGCAGGAAUAGCUCACAAUAAAAUAUUGGCAAAACUGACAGCUGGCUUACAUAAACCUAAAAAGCAAACGAUACUACCUCAUAACAGUGUACCUGAAUUAUAUGAAAAACUUCCCAUAAGAAAAGUUAAAAGUUUGGGAGGGAAAUUAGGUAAACAUGUUUCGGAAAAACUUUCAGUGAAUUACAUGUCAGAAUUAUAUAAAUUUAGCCUACAAGAUUUACAACAAGAAUUUGAUGAGAAAACAAGGUAA